GGGAAGGAGGAAGUCAUGGGCGGAAGCAAGGGCAAAGCUCCCCAGCGCCGGGCUCAACCCGGGAGGCCAGCCUCAGGGGAGCAGGAGUCGGGGUCCGCCAGCGCUGACGGCGCCCCCAGCCGGGAUCGCAGGCUGGCCCGCGGCAAAGCCCACAAGACUAGGCCCGCUAAGGACCCCGACGCCACCACCGAAGGCGAGGGGACCUCUGGAGGCCCCCGGAAGGCCGCCCGGGAGGGGAACCACCGCUGCAGGAGUGCGGGGACUCGGGCAUCACUGGAGACCCGGGAGAGGCAGGGCAGCUCGCAGCGUCCUCGGGGCCACGGGCCCACCGAGAGUCGUGAGCCCGGGGCCAGUCAUGGGGGGCUCCCGGAGGAACAGAGACUCCCCGGGGACGAAGAGUGGACGGUCAAGCGCGGCCGCCGCAGGAAAGCAAAGGAGCGGGGACCUUCGGCUCCGCGGCGAGGCCGUGGAGAGACUCCCGGCAGGGAUGAGGACACGUCGGGCGGGGACGGUGGCAGCUCGUGCCUGGACAGUGAACACCACGAGGCCCUGGACAGCAGCAGCCAGGGCACCCUUAUCCGAAGACCCGAGUCGACCGACAACGGUGGACAUGCCUUGGAGCUCCAGAGCAGGGAAGGCCCGUCGGGGACAGGGCCUCAGGGAGCGAGUGAUGAUUCCCGGACAGAUACGGACUCGGGUCCCGGGUGGGCCGGGCACGGACGUCGCCCACGGAAGAUCCCAGGGACCUCAAGCCGCAUCCCUGAGUCCCAGGGGAUGGAGCUGGACAGAGACGCUGCAGCCUCCAGCUCCCUGGAGAGGAGCCGUGCAAACGCCCCCAGGGGCUCUCGGGGUCCUGUGGAUUCCAAAGCGGUGGCAGACACCGGUGACAGUGACGUCGGGGCGCAGACAAAGGCUGAGCUGCAGGGCACGGAGCCUGAGACAGCGGAGACCCCCAAGGCUCAGCGACUCCAGGUCGGAGAGGUGGCAGGGAAGGUGCAGGUGCCUGUGAGCGAGAGCGACACGGGAGCCAGAGAGAGAGCAGGUGCAGGGGACCUACGACCUCAGGGCCCGGACCCGGCGCCGCUGGCUGCACUCGUGGUGCUCCGCAAGCUCCGUGCAAGGGCCCCGGCUGGUGCGUCUCCCCAGCUCGCGGGUGGCCUCCGCGUGGGCUUCAAGGCGCGGUUGCAGCGUGUGGCGCAGGCCCUGGGCCUCCUGCGCUGGCUGCGACUGCGGGUGCAGCAACGUCGGGCGGAUGAGCGCAGGGAGAGUCCGCGGGAGCGUGAGGAACGCGGCCGCGAGAGGGCGCUCGAGUCGCGGGACGGGGUGCGGGGACCACCGCGCUGGCGGGCCCUGUGCCUGGCCUUUCGGGCGGUGCUCCGGGCACUGCCGCAGGCGCCCCCUGGCGGCAGUCCGAGUCUUCCUCAGACGCUGAAGAAUUCAAGCUCAGAGGAUGCAUCAGCCAUUGAGGAUGCAACUCCAGAUCCAAAGUUCGCGGUGGUCUUCCCCCGGAUCCACAGUGCCGGGAAGGAGUCGUGCAGCAGCAACAGUUCAGGAGCAUCCACGGACGCCCCCACUGGGGAAGGCCGCGUUUCUUCUCCUGCAGGGGCUGCAGAGUACAGGGAGGAGCAAGGGGCUAGAGAAGGAGGCGUGGUCAGGUCCCACCAGCCUCUCUCCUUUUCCCCGUCUGCCCGCAGUGAGACCCCACCGGACGUGAACCAGAGCGAAGCAGAGCCGGAGACGGAAGCGGAGAGUCGGGUGCACUGGGCAGAGGGCUCUACUCCCUGCGCAGAGCCUGGGCUUAGCGCUGAUACUCUGCUACCUCAACUUACUUUGGAGACUCGCCUGCAGCAGAAUAGCCCCUGCAGGUCCCCAAGGGAGCGGUGGGAGCCAGAGGAUGAUGUUGAGGCAGCGCUGGAAAGGGCACUGGAACUGAGCCUAGAGAUGCCACCCUUCCCCGGUGCUAAGACCAGGAGUCUCCCAGAGGGCCUGGAAGACAUCGAGGACCUCGCCCGCCUGCGGGUGGUGUGUGACAGCUCUGUGCUACUGUGUCUAAAGAAGAGGUUCCACCUGGGCCGCGUCUAUACUUUCGGGGGGCCCCUCCUGCUCGCCCUGAACCCCCACCGGCCACUGUCUCUCUUCUCUCCUGAGAUCUUGGCCAGCUACCAUCUCAGGAAGACCCCAAACACCACACCACACGUCUUUGCCAUCGGGGCAGCGGCCUACAGCCUGUCUCGGAGCUCAGGACAGGACGCCUGCAUCCUCCUGCGGGGGCACAGUGGCUCAGGGAAGACAGAGGCUGCCAAGAAGAUUGUGGAGCUUCUAAGCAGCCUGGGGCAGAAGCAGACAGAGGCCAGAGGGGCUCAGCUAGAGGACAUUCUGCCCGUGCUCAGCAGCUUUGGCCACGCCAAGACCAUCCUCAAUGCUAAUGGCAGCCGCUUUGGCCAGGAGUUGUGCCUCUGUCUGCAUCAGGGAGUCAUUGUAGGAGCCUCUGUGUUCCACCAUCUGCUUGAGACCUCCAGAGUAGUGUCUCAGGUAAGGACCCGCCUCCACCGCCCUUCCCCAACCCUGAAAGUUGGAAGGAGGAGUCGGAGUCCUGACUCUCAAACCCUGCCCACCCUCAAGCCAGCGUCUCUCCCCAAGGCCCAGGCUGAGCGAAGUUUCCAUGUUUUUUAUGAGCUGCUGGCGGGGUUGGACCCCGCGGACCAUGAACAGCUCUCUCUGCAGGGACCCGAGGCCUACUAUUACCUCAACCAGGGCCAAACCUGCACACUUCAUGGCAAAGACGAUGCCCAGGACUUCAAAGGGCUGGUGAAGGCCCUGCGGGUGCUGGGCUUGUGUGCGGAGGAGCUGAGUGAAGUCUGGGCUGUGCUGGCCACCAUCCUGCAUCUGGGAAACGUCUGCUUCUCUUCUUCAGAGCGGGAGUCCCAAGAGGUGGCUGCUGUGUCCAGCUGGGCUGAGAUCCACCUGGCAGCCCGGCUGCUGCAAGUGCCACCAGAGCGCCUAGAAGGGGCGGUCACCAAGAGGGUCAUGGACACUCCCUAUGGCCGGGUCUCCAGAUCUCUGCCGGUGGAAAGUGCUAUCGAUGCCAGGGACGCCCUGGCCAAGACCCUGUACACAAGGCUCUUCACCUGGCUUCUGAGGCAGAUCAACGUGUUGCUGGCUCCGCCACGGGAGGCACACAGUGUGGCCACCAUCACUGUCGUGGACGCCUACGGCUUUGAGGCACUGCGGGUGAACGGCUUGGAGCAGCUGUGCAGCAACCUGGCCAGCGAGCGCCUGCAGCUCUUCUCCAGCCAGAGACUGCUGGCCCAGGAGGAGGAGGAGUGCCAGCGGGAGAUGCUGAGCUGGGUGCCCAUUCCCCAGCCUCCCAGGGAGUCCUGCCUGGACCUCCUGAUGGGCCAGCCCCACAGCCUCCUGAGCAUCCUGGACUCCCAGACAUGGCUACCCCAGGCCACGGACCACACUUUCCUGCAGAAGUGCCACUAUCACCACGGAGAUCACCUGAGCUACGCCAAGCCUCAGCUGCCCCUACCCAUCUUCACAGUGCGGCACGAUGCUGGGACUGUCACCUACCAGGUGCACAAGUUCAUAAGCAGGAACAGGGAUCACCUGGACUCUGUCGUGGUGGAGAUGCUUGGGCAGAGCCGAUCACAGCUCGUGGGCAGCCUGUUCCAGGAAGCAGAGCCUCAGGCUGGGAGAGAGCGGAGCAAACCCACACUGGCCUCCCGAUUCCAGCAGUCCCUGCGGGACCUGCUAGCCCGGCUGGGCAGGAGCCCCGUCUAUGUCAUCCACUGUCUCAACCCCACCCCUGGAGAGCUCCCACGCCUCUUUAACGUGGAGCACGUGGCGGAGCAGCUGCGCCAGGCUGGCAUCCUGGAGGUCAUAGGUACCCGGAGUGCCCACUUCCCUGUUCGAGUGCCCUUCCAGCUCUUCCUGACCAGGUUCCGCGCCCUGGGGUCGGGGAGACAGGAUGCUCUCUCUGACCGGGAGAGGUGUGGCACCAUCCUCAGCCAAGUGCUGGGGGCGGGAUCACCAGUCUAUCAUCUCGGAGCCACCCAGGUCCUACUGCAAGAGCAGGGCUGGCAGCAGCUGGAGCAGCUGUGGGCACAGCGGCGCUCUCAGGCCCUGUUCACUCUGCACCGUGGCCUCCGAGCCUGCAUCACGCGCCAGCGCCUCCGCCUCCUGCCCCGGAUGCAGGCUCGUGUGCGUGGACUCCAGGCCAGGAAGCGAUACCUCAAGAGGAAGUCAGCUCUGGGCCAACUGAACACCAUCCUCCUCGUGGCUCGGCCCCUGCUCCAGAGACGGCAGAGGCAACAGCUCGGGCAUUCCCGUGGCCCGCACAGCGGGGAGGCUUGGGGAAGACCGUCAAGUAUGGCCCUGGGGCGCUUGGAGAUCCCAGCUCAGCUGGCUGCUCUGCUGGAGACAGCAGAAGGCCACCAGGCCACUCUGGCUGGGAGCAUCACAGAGACUGUGCCACCUGGGGUUCCUAUCCGGUCCAGCCUGACCCUCCCUCCGGACAUUGACCAGUUUCCCUUCUCCACCUUUGUGACAUCCAGCUUUCGGAAGCCAUAUCUGCCUAGACCAGGACAGCUGCUGGACGAGCCGCUGACCCGGAUGGAUGGCGAGAACCCUCAGCAGGCUCUGGAGAUCAACAGGGUGAUGCUGCGGCUCAUGGGGGAGGGGUCCCUGCCGCCCUGGCAGGAGCAGACCAUGGGCACCUACCUGAUAUGGAAGGCACAGCGCCGGCCAGGACUGCGGGAUGAGCUCUUCAGCCAGCUGGUGGCCCAGCUGUGGCACAACCCUGAUGAGCAGCAGAGUCAGCGUGGCUGGGCCCUGAUGGUGGCCCUCCUCAGCUCCUUUCUCCCUACCCCUGCCAUGCAGAAGCCCUUGCUCAAGUUUGUGUCUGACCAGGCCCCCCGGGGCAUGGCAGCGUUGUGUCAGCACAAGCUUCUGGGUGCCCUGGAGCAGACACCGCUGGAUCCCAUGGCCUCGAGGGCCCACCCACCCACACAGCUAGAAUGGAAGGCUGGGUUGCGGCAGGGCCGCAUGGUACUGGAUGUGCUCACAUUCAAUGAGGAGAGCUACUUUGCAGAGGUGGAGUCCUGGACCACGGGAGAGCAGCUUGCAGGGCGGAUCCUCCAGAGCAGAGGCUUGGAGGCGCCCCCUCGUGGCUGGUCUGUGUCACUACAUUCCGGGGAUGCUUGGCAGGACUUGGCUGGCUGUGACUUUGUAUUGGACCUGAUUGGCCGGACUGAGGACCUGGGCGACCCAGGAGGUUCCGGCAACUACCCCAUCACUCCUCUUGGUUUAGCCGAGAACAUCCCUCCAGCCCCUGGUGUUCAGGCUCCCUCCCUGCCCCCAGGAUUCCCUCCAGGUCCUGCCCCCACACUGCCCGGCGGCCCAGGUGAGGCCAGGAAGCCCGGAAACCUGGAUGGUUUCCUGGACCACCUCUUUGAGCCCGUCCUGUCCUCGGGCUUCAGGGAUCUGGAACACAGCAGGGCCCUGAGUAGCCGCAUGAAGGGAGGGGGCUCCAUCGGGCCCACCCAGCAGGGAUACCCCAUGGUGUAUCCAGGAAUGGUGCAGGCACCCAGCUACCAGCCGGCGAUGAUGCCCGCACCUAUGCCCAUGAUGCCAGCCAUGGGUACGGUCCCAACCAUCCCAGCCAUGAUGGUCCCGCCACAGCCACAGCCUCUGCUUCCCAGUUUGGACUCAAGGCAGUUGGCGGUGCAGCAGCAGAACUUCAUCAACCAGCAGGCCAUGAUCCUGGCCCAGCAGAUGACCACCCAGGCCAUGAGCCUGUCUCUGGAACAGCAGAACCAGAGGCGCCAGCACCAAGCUCAGGCCGCGGCUCCCUCCCAGACUCCUCCCUCAGCCGUGGCUCCACCCUCAGCCGUGGCCCCACCCUCAGCCGUGGCCCCACCCUCAGCCGUGGCCCCACCCUCAGCCAUGGCUCCACCCUCAGCCGUGGCCCCACCCUUAGCCGUGGCCCCCAAGCCCAAGAGGACUCCCGUCUCCCAAGAGAAGCCAGAGAGUGACCCAGAACCUUUGGAUGCUUGCUUUAGAGGGGACACUCCAGAAGAGGCUACAGGCAGGCCUCAGCGCCCUAGGAGCUUCCAACAGAAACGGGAUUAUUUCCAGAAGAUGGGGCAAGAGCCAAUCAAGGUGAAGACAGUGAAGCCUCCGGCCAAGGUCCAGAUCCCCCAGGAGGAGACAGACGAGGACGAGGAUGAGGAAGCAGCAGGGUUGUCCCCUCCGCCUCCUCCCCCAGUUGUGAAGAAGCCACUGAGAAAAAGCAAGCCCAACACAGCCAAGGAUGAUGUGGGACCACCAGAGAAGGAAAGCCCGCCCCCCAGCAGGGCACCCACGGUGAGGAGCCCUGCACCGCAAAGCCCGCCCCCCAGCAGGGCACCCACGGUGAGGAGCCCUGCACCGCAAAGCCCGCCCCCCAGCAGGGCACCUAUAGUGUCCAGCUCCAGCUCCGCACCUCAGCGCCCGCAACCCAGCAGGGAAAUCCGCAACAUCAUCCGAAUGUACCAGAGCCGCCCAGGCCCGGUGCCGGUGCCUGCACAGCCCAGCAGGCCUAUCAAACCUUUCCAGAAGAAAAAUGACCCUAAGGAUGAGGCUUUGGCCAAGUUAGGAAUAAACGGUACCCACUCGCCUCCAUCGGCGAUGCCUCCUAACCUAGGAAAGAACUCUCCACCAGCCGUGGCUCCUCGACCCAAGGCUCCACCACGACUUGAGCCCUCCCUAUCCAUCCAGGAGAAGCAGGGACCCCUUAGGGACCUGUUUGGCCCAUGUAGCCCGAACCCAUCCACAACUCCAGCACCCCCACCCCCGCCCCCACUGCCUUCGCCUCUGCCUGAGGAACUCAGGACCCAUUCAGCGGAGUCUCAUGCCUUGACAGAGCCCAUGGAGGACGGGGGGAUCUCCACUCAGCUCCUCGUGCCCCCCGGUAGCGUGUGCUUCUCCUACGCAAGUGCACCCUGGAAGCUGUUCUUACGGAAGGAGGUGUUCUACCCCCGGGAGAACUUCAGCCAUCCCUAUUGCCUCAACCUUCUCUGCCAGCAGAUCCUACGGGACACCUUCACAGAGUCCUGCAUCAGGAUCUCUCAGAGGGAGCGGCAGAAAAUGAAAGACCUGUUGGGAGACUUGGAAGUGGGCCUGGACUCCCUCGACAGGACCGAGGACAGCAUCAAGAAGCGCAUCGUGGUGGCUGCCCGGGACAACUGGGCCAAUUACUUCUCACGCAUCUUCCCAGUCUCGGGUGAGAGUGGCAGUGAUGUACAGCUGCUGGGUGUGUCUCACCGGGGACUGAGACUGCUGAAGGCGACCCAAGACCCUAGCUUCCACCUGGACCGGCUGAAGACCCUCUGCUCCUACAGCUUUGCCGAGGUGCUGGCCGUGGAGUGCAGUGGCCGUUCCACCCUGGAGCUGUCACUGAAGAAUGAGCAGCUGAUACUGCACACAGCCCAGGCCAGGGCCAUUAAGACCAUGGUGGAGCAGUUCCUGAGUGAGCUCAGGAAGGACUCUGGCUACGUCAUCGCCCUGCGCAGCUACAUCACUGAUGACCGCAGCCUCCUCAGCUUCCACCGUGGGGACCUCAUUAAGCUACUGCCAGUGGGCGCUCUGGAGCCAGGCUGGCAGUUUGGCUCUGUUGGGGGCCACUCGGGACUCUUCCCUGCUGACGUGGUGCAGCCAGCUGCUGCUCCAGACUUCUCCUUCUCCCUGGGACAGGGAAACAGCUGGCAUCACAGGAGUAAGCCAGGGCCGGCUCCAGAGCGCCCCACCCAUCCCAGGAGCCAAGAACCAAGCGAAGACUCAGAGGCCACCUCCUACUCAGCCUAUAGCCUCUUCUCUGCCGACUCCCACAAUUACACCAUGCAGGAAUUUGCCCUGCACUACUUCCGGAAGCCUCAGACCCUGCCGGCACAUGCAGGAAGAGGUGCCAAGGAGAAGGCUGAGGUCAACCUGGUCCAGUACACCAAGGACCCCAUCCAGGAAUCCCUCCUGAGCCUCAGCAAUGAAGACAUGAGCAGGAAGGCCGUGGCUGGGUUCAAGGCUCUGAUGCAGUUUAUGGGGGACCACCCUAAGCCCCGGGGCAAGGAUGAUCUGGAGCUGCUGUACGAGCUGCUGGCGCUGUGCAGAGAGGAUCUCAGGGAUGAGAUGUACUGCCAGGUCAUCAAGCAAGUCACAGGACACCCCCAGCCAAAGCACUGCGCUUUGGGCUGGAACGUCCUCAGCCUCUUCACGGGCUUCUUUGCGCCGUCCACCACUCUGAUGCCCUACGUGACCAAGUUCCUGCAGGAUUCCAGCCCUAGCCAAGAGCUGGCCCGGAGCAGCCAGGAGAACCUCCAGCGCACAGUUAAAUAUGGGGGGCGCCAGAAGUUACCACCACCGGGUGAAAUGCAAGCUUUUCUGAAAGGGCAGGCAGUCCGUUUGCUUCUGAUUCAUCUGCCUGGGGGUGUGGACUACAGGACAAAUGUACAGACGUUCACGGUGGCAGGGGAAGUGCUGGGGGAGCUGUGCGGGCAGAUGGGCAUCACCGACUCCCAGGAGGUGCAGGAGUUUGCCCUCUUCCUCAUCAAAGGCGAAGGUGAGCUAGUUCGGCCACUGUCGCCCCACGAGUACCUCAACAGUGUGGUGACGGACAAGGACAUGAGCCUGCACAGCCGGCGGCUCGGCUGGGAGACUCCGCUGCACUUUGACCACCCCACCUACGUUGAAACCCACUAUGGUCAGGUGCUUCGGGACUACCUGCAAGGCAAGCUGAUGAUCGGGGCUCAGGAAGACGCUCAUCUCGCCAGGCUGGCUGCCCUGCAGCACCUCAGGAAAGCCAGCAAAAGUCCCCCAUCAGAGCAAGAGCUGCUGGUGUACAUUCCCAAGCCACUACAAGAGCAGGUGAACAUAGCCAGUAUAAAGAGCUUGAUGGGCCAGGAGCUGAGGCAGAUGCAAGGGUACAGCCCGCAGAGAGCACAGAUUGACUUCAUCGAGAGCACAGCCCAGCUGCCUCUCUUUGGCUACACGGUCUACGUGGUGCUGAGAGUGAGUAAGCUGAUGCUUCCUGGCCCUGUCCUCCUGGGGCUCAACCGCCAGCACCUUGUCCUCAUGGACCCCAGCUCCCAGAGACUCUGCUGCUCCAUCCCCCUAAAAGACCUGCAGCGGCUGCACCUGCUCAGCCCCCUGGAGGAGGGUGGGCUCCCCGGCCUGGAACUCAAUUAUGGCUCUGCUGAAAACCCCCAGACCAUCUGGCUGGAGCUGCCGCAAGCCCAGGAGUUGAAGCACACCAUUGUCUUCCUGCUGGAGGACAGCAUGACCUCUACUCAGUGGCCAGUCCUCAGCUGAGGAGAGUGGAGAUGAGGCCUCAACGUCUCACUGGGCAGCCUGCCUUGGAGGUUGGGUGGUUCUUGUUUAUCUUCGCUGCCUGGCCUGCUCUGAAACUCCCUGCAGCACAACCCCAAGUGGAGGCCAUAAGGCAGGGGUUGCCACAGUGACAUCAACUGGGAAAGCAGGCAGACACAGUCCUUCCUAGGUGUACUGACCCCAGAGCGGGGGCUGUAGGAACCUGGUGUGGGCGUCUCACGUCCUGCCUGGGGAAAUGCCCACUCAGCUCUAGGGCUGGCACAGGGCCUGGAUGAAGCAGCUUCUGCACAAAUAAAACGCCCAAGAAAA